GACUUCCAGAUCCUGCGUCGCAUCGGCCAGGGCUCGUUCGGCCAGGUGUUCCGCGUCCGCAAGCGCGACACGAAGCGCAUCUACGCCAUGAAGGUGAUCCGUAAAGCCUCGGUGACGACGCCCGAGGCGCUCGCCCAGGUCAUCGCCGAGCGCCAGGUCCUCGCGCGCACGACCGACUCGCCGUUCCUCAUCGGGCUCAAGUUCUCGUUCCAGAGCGACAACGAGCUGUUCCUCGUCAUCGACUACAAGAGCGGCGGCGAGGUGUUCCAGCACCUGCAGCGCGACGGCGGCCGGUUCGAGGAGGCCAAGGUCCGCUUUUACGUCGCCGAGAUCAUCCUCGCCCUCGAGUACCUGCACGACAACAACAUUGUCUACCGCGACCUCAAGCCCGAAAACUGCCUCCUCGAUGGCUCGGGGCACGUCGUCCUGUGCGACUUUGGCCUGUCCAAGCUCCUCGACUCGCCCGACGGCAAGUGCCGGACCCUGUGUGGCACGACCGCCUUCGUCGCUCCCGAGGUGCUCCUCGACGUCGGCUACUCGUUCCCGGCCGACUGGUGGUCGCUCGGCGUCCUCCUGUUCGAGAUGUGCUUCGGGUGGUCGCCCUUCUACGCCGAGAGCCGCAUCGAGGAGUACGAGCGCAUCCUCGAGGGCGAGAUCCGCAUCCCGAACAAGAAGGGCUACGGGCCCGAGCUGCGCGACCUCCUGCUCAAGCUCCUCGAGCGCGACCCCGAGAAGCGCCUCGGCAGCGACGGCGGCGCGUCGGCGAUCAAGGCGCACCCGUUCUUCGCGCCCAUCGACUGGACCAAACUGUCGCUCCGCCAGGUCUCGCCGCCGUACAAGCCGCCGACGCACGCCGAUGACGACCAGCCCGACUACUACGACCAGGGCGGCUCGUGGUGCUUCUCGGAGGAGGCCCCCGGCGGCUGCUGGCAGACGCCGCCGGGCACGUCGGGCAGCUCGGGCGCGACCGGCGGCGGCCUCGGCGCGAGCGACUCGUCGUCGUCCCGCCGCCCGAGCAACACGCGCUGCAGCUCGGCCAACCUCAUCCGAGGCUUCACCUGGCUCGGCAAGGACGCGGCUGGCGCGGCCAAGGCGGCGCAGGCGCGGCGCGAGGAGCGCGCCGCCGAGCCGUCCUCGUCGACGUCGUCGUCGUCGGCCAAGGGCGCCGCCGCCUCUCGCUGCCCAGUCGAGCGGGUCCACAACGGCGUCGACACGCGCAGGAGCUCGUGCGCGUAA